AGCGCUCGGAGCCGUGACGUCAGCAGCGCUCUUAAUGAUGCAAGGCAGAAGGGCGCGAGGCUGCUGACACCCAGCUCACUCAGCGCUCCGCCAGCGGCCGCGCACCCAGCAAGCACCGCGCCACGCGCCACGCGCAGAGCAAGAUGAAAAGCAGGAGGUAAAGCUCGCUGGCUCAGAGCCUUCACUCAGGGCGCACAGUGGAAACGCAGGACGAGCGAUGUGUUCAUCUCCCUGACUGGCCAAUCUCCUUCCUGUCUGUGCAUCAAAAGCAUGCGAUUCUAGUUCUACUGAUGGCGCUGUCCACGUAGCCUGUAAUGUUCUUAGGAGUCUCUUAGCAGAGAUGCAGAGAAACGGAGAACACUGGAACUUUAGGACCGUGUAGGACACAAGAAAACAAAUCAUCGGCAGGGAAAAAAGGUGAAAUAAAAGUUAAAAGAAAAAAGGAGGUUAGAACAAGCCAUGGGCCAUCCUGCUCCUUGGGCCAUCCUGCUCCUUUUGAUUUAUCUGGACCCAUUGAGUGUGCUCUGCACGUCAACAGCAAAGCGCACGAAAGUGGCACAGCGACGGACCGCCAAACACAAGGAGCUGAACGGCACCGCGAUCUCCCAAGCGCCCGCGCCGGCGCCCGUUCCUGCUGCGGGGCAGAAUCACGACACGUGCCUGGGGUACUACGACGUGAGCGGCCAAUUCGACCGCGAAUUCGAGUGCAACAACACGGACCAUCGCUACUGCUGCGGCUCCUGUUACCUUCGCUUCUGCUGCCAGUUCCGUGGAAACCGACUGGAACAGCGCACGUGCAGGAACUACAACAAGCCAGACUGGGUUAAAACCGCUGCACCGUCACCUGCACCGACCAGCGAGCCGUACGACCCGAGCGCCGACCAGACCAACACUGCAGUUUACAUCACGUGUGGCGUCAUAGCCUUCGUCAUCGCGCUCGGAGUGUCGGCUAAGGUCGCCUACGACAAGGCCACGAGGCCGCCUCAGGAAAUGAAUAUACACAGAGCUCUAGCAGAUAUAUUGAGGCAGCAAGGACCCAUUCCCAUAUCCCAGUAUGACUGUGAAAACUUUGCGGCAAUGAACAGCUCAUCCAAAGACGACACUCCACAGCGGACAGGCUCCAAAAACCACUACACCCCUGUUCACACAUCCAAAUCCAAUCAUGGUGGACACUAUUCGAAGGAGAGCGGCCGUGGCGGAGGACAUGACCUUCACAACUUCAUCUCGUCUGGCUUUGUGACUCUGGGGAGAGGCCAUGGAAAAGGAGAAAGGCAGUGGCCGAUGCGCUCUCAGAGUCACCAUGGCACGCAUCAACACAACUACAACCAUGUGGCUCUCAGUAGUCCUACUAGAACUCCUAAAAAUGAGAGCACGCGUAUGAACAGCAUCCUCACGUCGCAGACGGAGCCGUACGAUCUGUCCUUCUCCCGCUCCUUCCAGAGCCUCUCGCACCUGCCUCCAUCCUACGAAACCGCCAUGAAGGCAGACCUCAACAAGUACUCCUCGCUAAAAAAACUGACUGACAAGGAUAUGGAUGACUACUACAGCCGGAAAAGGCACCUUCCUGAUCUGGCAGCACGCAGCACUCUCCCACUACACAUGAUCAAAAUCAACCAGGAUUCUCAGAGUAGCCAGCAGGCUCAACAGCAGCAGCAGCAGCAGUCUUCACGCCAGCGUCCUCGCCGUGUACAGAGAGCCAUGUCUCAAGACCGAGUGCUGUCUCCAGAGCGUGGCUCAGGACUCCAUGCUCAGGACUAUGCCGUGUCUCCUUACCCCACUUCCCCAUACGGCGAGCGCAUCCUAUCUGAUGAGCAGCUGCUGUCGGCUGAGCGCCUACGCUCACAAGAGCGUCUCAUUUCCCAGGACCGUCUGCAUUCGCAGGACCGGCGCUACUCACAGGAGCGUGUCCACUCGCACGAGCGUCUGCAUUCUCAUGAACGUAUGCACUCGCAAGAGCGCCUCUACUCCCAGGACAGGCUACGCUCGCAGGACCCACUGCUCUCUCCCGAUAAGACCAUGCCAUCCAAACGAGGCAGCUUUCACGGUGACAAGUCCAUGUCCAGAGCCAUAUCGCACACGGACGUGUUUAUGCCCACUACGCCUCUCUUGGACCGCUACAAGAUGACCAAAAUGCACUCACAUCCCAGUGCCUCAAACAACAGCGGCCCUGCUGCAGUGCACAACACGCUGACCAAGACCCAAACCACCUCCAAGAGACAGGCAUUUGCCUCACGCCGCACUCAGACCGUGGAACAGCUGCACUAUGUCCCGCAGGCAGCUCAGCAGCAGCAUCACCACCACUACCGUACAGGCAGUAAGACCGAAGUGACUGUUUAACUCAAUUUUAAUCGGACCUCAGCCAUCCUCCAGGAACUCACACACAAUAUGGUCAUAACCAGUUCACGUAUACACUAUACUAUAUCCCACAUAUAUUCAGUACUCAGACAAGAGACCCUUCUGUGUGCAUAUCCAUCAUUUUUUGUGUGUUUGUAGAUCACUGAUAAAGGGUGGACUAGAAGAUUGUGCAGCUUGUCAGAAACGAUCCAUCCAGUUCUGCAGUAAUUAAGGGCUUUGCAGGAAAAACAAAUGUGCAGAGACUUUUAGCAGAACGACAGAAGGUGUAAAUGAAAAUACUAGUUUGGUGCGAAUGUGUAAUGGAAUUAUAUAACUUUAUAAAUAUAUAAAUACACAUACUGUUUGUACUUAAAGUCCUAGUCAUAGCUUUAGGAGUUCUUAAAUUAAACUGAUGUUAGCACUUCUAUUGGUGCCUCUAUGAAACUGUUCCAUUUCAUCGACGAAGUGGUUUUGUGGGUUACAAAGCACAACUGAUUAAAAAAUCAUUUUGUUUUCCUAUUUUUUUGUUUUGUUUUGUUUUGUUUAGCUUUUUUGUUUGACUAAUUUGUGUUGCUCUUUUUUUGAUUGACAAUGACAAGUUCUUUUGCAUACAUGAUUGUAAAUAAGCUAUUUUAGUAACCGCAGUAAUCGGAGAAGUCUGUUCUGGUUGGCAUUUGUAUAGUUUUAUUUUAGAAAAUUAAAAAUUACAGAUAUGACCCACUAGCCCAGUAUUGGAACAUUUUAACUGAAUACAAAUAUUGUAUGUGUCAUUGCAAUUGUGUUUGUAGAAUGAGAAUCGGGUUAAACUACAUGACCACUCUCGAUAUCUGGCUGUAGACUGUGCUCCAGUGAGUGACUCACAAGAAGAAUAUAAUAUGCUUGUUGUAGUUGCUUCAAAUAAACCAUCCUUAUUUUUCUAAUCAUAA